AAACCUGCCCUAAAUCCCCCGUGCUGAAAGAGCUCUUGGUAGGGUCCUUGCUCAGGACUCUUGUAUAAAAGCAGACUGCAGACACCUUCAGUUCCAUCUCUUGUCCAACCAGGAAAGCAACUCUGCUACCAGGCAUCCUUCCUCAACUCAGACCUGAAGAUGGAAACGCAUUUGAUUUUAGGGAUUCUGCUGUCUGUCUGCAGCCUCUCCUUUAGUCAAGAAUGUAGGCAACGGCUUGUGGAGGAUGUAGAUUUCGCUGGAUCAGACAUCCAACUUGUCUUCUCUCCCGAUGUAAAUCACUGUCAGCAACUUUGCACCCAGCACCCGGCCUGUCUCUUUUUUACCUAUCUACCUGCUGACUGGACCCGGGACGACAGGAACUUCCACUGCUUCCUCAAGAGCAGUCCCUCUGGACAACCCGAUGUGCAGACUCCGGUGCAGGGGGCAAUCUCUGGAUAUUCUCUCAAACCCUGCAACCCAAAUUCAAAGCCUUGUCUGCCUCAGCUGUACAAUGGCGUGGACUUCCCAGGUGCUGACUACAGAGCCUUGUUCACAGAAGAUGUUGAAGAGUGUCGGAGAGCCUGCACACAGGACCCUGCUUGUCAGUUUUUCUCUUUUCUAAAUGAAGUCUUCACACUAGACAAUUUCAGGUACAAAUGCCACCUUAAAUUCAGCUGGCCAGUGGCAACACUUCCAGUUGUUGAAAGAAAAGCUGGUUUAGUGUCUGGAUUCUCCAACAAAGUAGGAACAUUUCAAGAGGGUAAACCAGUAUGUCCGGGAAAUCUAUUUCCAAACACGGACAUCCCAGGAAAUGACAUUUUGGUUCUUCCUGCUGCCUCCCCUGGACACUGUCAGAACCUGUGCUCUGCUCACUCGGCCUGCGCCACCUUCACUUUUGUCAGUGACGACUUCAAUUGUUACCUGAAGGCAAACGACAAUGCAAUGAUUCUCACAGCAAAAGAUGGAGUCACAUCUGGACUAUCGGCACGCUUCUGUUGGCCAGAUAACAGCUGGGUCAACGCUGCUCUUGAAGGAGUAGAUUUCCCAGGUAAUGACAUUCGCAAUGAACGGAUCGACGACGCGGCCUCUUGUCAGAGGACCUGUAAUAAGGAUGCUAACUGCCAGUUCUACACAUACACCACGGCAGACUUCCCUGACCCCAAUUUCAGGCGCCGCUGCGUCCUCAAGCGGUCCAUCACCAUGCCCGCUCCUCCUGGAGUCAUCAAAGUGGCCAAUGUCAUAUCAGGCUUCCAACUGAGGAACUGCGUGUAGUGCUCCAGAAACACAGAGAUGCUGUGCUUUAAUAUGGCCCCUUGAUCUGUUUAUUUUUUUUUAUUUUUUAUUUUUUUCCUAACAUCAGUUCACUGCUUUUAAAGUUGUACAUGAUUCUUUUUGUGUAAACCAGAGCAAUAAAACCUAACCUGCUUCAUUCAUUUAA